GGCCGAGCUAUCACAUGUAUCGGUGAAUUGACUGACCUCUCUAAAGAUGAUCUAAUAAAUCUAUUCAAAAGCGUUAAUCUUUCAGAGUCUGAAGUUCAAAAGAUAUGUAAAAUAGUAUUGGAUAUUCCAUCGGUAGAACUUAAUUGCCGUAUAGAUGCAGAUAACGAAUCAUUAACACCUGAAACUGAAUAUACACUUUUAGUGUCUAUGGAAAGGUUUAAAUUGAGGUCAGACUAUGAUGGAAGGAUAUAUUCACCUCGAUUCCCGAAACCUCAAUAUGAAUCGUGGUGGAUUUUGUUAGGUGAUCCCAACUCAGACACUAUAAUUGAUUUGAAAAGAAUAAAUAUGCGUAGUGGAACAUUUGGUACAUUCAUGAAAAAAAUUCAAACGAAGUUGAAAUUAGUCACACCAGAGCGGGAGGAUCUUCGUUCGGUAGACCUUCAUGUGGGAGAUCUUCGUCCGGUAGACCUUCGUUUGGGAGAUCUUC